GAUUUAGAUACGAAGGCUAAAAAUUUUAUCAUUGGCCUAUUGUUAUUUUCUCUCACUGGAAAUAAAAAACCACGAUUGGGUUUCCUCUGCCACGUGCCCACUACUAUAUAGUUUCAAACUCCGUCAUUUCUCUCGCGCUAGCCGAGCAAAAGCAAAAAGCUACUGUACAAAAGCAAACACGAAGAAUUUCAGUUUUUCCAGAGAGAAAGGAGCGAUUUAUGAGCGCGGCUCCUCCGAUUUUCAAAAAGCCUAAAGUAGAGCAAGACGGCGACGGGGAAGAGUUAGUCGAAAACGCCAAGUCUAUGGCUGAACAAGAGAACGGAGGAGAAGGUGAAGAAGGUACGAGCAGAGAAGAGCAAGAGGAGGCUUUGGUUGCCUUGAUCGAGCACCGUACUAAAGAAGUAGAACAUCUCAAGAAACGUAUCUCCUAUUACAAAUCUCAGCUCCAGGAAGCAGAGAAGAGGUUGGAAGAUACAGAAGCUCGAUUGGCUCGCCUACGUGGAAAAAGCAAUUCAAUGUCAUCUAAAGCUUCUCAAGGAAAUGGGACUAAAAGUUUGAAGAUGGAGGGAAGUAGAUCAAUCAGCCCUAUCCAUGUUACUGAAUGUUCUUCUGAGAACCAAUCUCAAUCCAGAACAGAACUUUUAAUUCCUGCUGCAAGUCCGAAGAUCUUCCAACCUAUAAAAUCAUCAGGGUCUGUUGCCAAAGCUUCUGGUGUCUCUAGCACACAGUCAAGUCCUUCCAUCCACAUUUCAAAAGUAAAAGCAGAAAAGUCUUACAGAAGUUCUCCUGAUGUUGAAGAAAGGGGAACAAAAAGGAAGCAUGAACCGAAAGAAAUACAGAAAGAACACAAGGAACUGAUCCCAUUGCUACGCAGUAGCACUUCACCAUGCACAAUCCGCUGCUAUACAAACAAUCACAUCCCUAGUCAGCACAAGAGAAAGUUGAGAAGUCUUGCACUUUGUCCGGUAAAUGAUAAGCUUUUUGUGACCAGUGCUUUGGAUGGAAUGAUCCACUUAUGGGAAGUUCAAUCUCGAGGAUCAGGUGCCUCUCUUCUUAGUUCUACUGAUUGCAUGUCUUCAAAGCAUAGGCGAUGGCCUGAAGAUAUUGUUUGGCACCCAUCAGGAAACAGCUUAUUCUCUGUUUACAGUGCUGAUGGUGGGGAUUCUCAGAUAUCAAUCCUAAAUUUGAAUAAAACGCAAGGGAAGGCCCGUGUAACUUACUUAGAGGAUAAGCCUCAUCUUAAGGGCAUUAUUAACAGCAUAGUUUUCACGCCCUGGGACAAUGCCUGUUUUGCCACUGGUGGCAGUGAUCACGCUGUUAUACUAUGGAAUGAGAAAGAUGACAUCUCAUGGAAGCCAAAGGCAUUGCACAGAAAUAUGCAUUCUUCAGCUGUCAUGGGAGUUGCUGGGUUGCAGCAAAAACAUAUUGUACUGUCUGCUGGUGCAGACAAGAGAAUUAUAGGGUUUGAUGUUCAAGUAGGAAGAGCUGACUUCAAGCACCAAUUAGAUAACAAAUGUAUGAGUGUUCUGCCAAACCCAUGCGAUUUCAAUCUAUUCAUGGUCCAAACAGGGACCCCUGAGAAGCAGCUGAGAUUGUUUGAUAUUAGACUUAGGCAGACAGAGCUUCAUUCUUUUGGGUUUAAGCAAGAAAGCAGCGACUCUCAAUCGGCUUUGAUCAAUCAGGCAUGGUCUCCUGAUGGUUUGUAUCUGACAUCUGGUUCAGUAGACCCUGUGAUUCAUGUGUUUGAUAUCAGGUAUAAUUCCAAUAAGCCAUCCCAAUCUAUAAGAGCUCAUCAGAAACGGGUUUUUAAAGCAGUCUGGCAUUACUCUCUCCCACUUAUGAUUUCUAUAUCUUCUGAUCUGCACAUUGGGUUGCACAAGAUCACAUGAAAGCUUUGCCAGCAUUUUGGAACCUUAAGGCAAUUUCUUUCAUUACGUAUUUUUUCUUUGAUGCGCCUCCUUUUGAGAAAGUUGGGCUUUAAGAACAGCAGCCGGGAGCAUGAUUGGGCUAGUCUUUCAAAUUUUACCUUUUGGGUGUAGGAUAAGGUUACAGAAAUUUUUGAGAAUGAACAAAUAGUUCAAAAGGGAUAGAUGUUAGUUGUUAUUGUGGAUAGCUAUUCUAGGUUGCCACAUGAUUUGACAGGCAAUUGAAACUUAGUUUACUGUAGUGCUAGAUGUAUUUUACUUUUCUUUUGGAAAAAAAUAUAGACAUUUUUACUUUUCUUUUGGAAGAAAAGAUACGCAAUCUCAAUCUCAUGGAACAUGUUCCUUGCACA